CAGUCUUGCCAGCAUGGGGCCUCCUGCUCAGCUUCUCUUCCUCCUCCUGCUUCUCCAGUCCCAGGAAGGGAAUGCAGUUUCACAAAGCAGCUCAACCCCAUUGAUAGUGAACGGGGUGCUGGGGGAGUCAGUAACUCUUCACUUGAAGUUUCCUGCAGAAGAGACGGUUGAGGCCAUUAUUUGGCUUUACAAUGGAAAGUCUAUCGCCUUCAUAAAGGCACGUGGAGCAGGAAGUCCACUAAUCCAUGUGACUGAUGAAAAGAGGAGAGAACGAAUGAACUUCACCAGGUCCUACUCCUUGCAGCUCAGCAACCUGACAAUGGCAGACACAGGAUCCUAUGGUGCCCAGAUAACCACAGAGACCUUUACAUUCCUCUUCACUUACAUUCUGAGGAUCUUCAUGCGGCUGCCAAAGCCUCAAGUAAGAGUGGAUUCCAUCAUCUCUGAAAACAGGACCUGCAGUGCCACCUUGAGGUGUUCUGUGGAGGAAGGAGGAGAGACUAUCGUGUAUAAGUGGACACCUAUGGGACCAGGGGCUGUUGUGUCCGAGGAAGGAUCUGUCCUCCGUGACUCCUGGAGCCUUUAUGAUCUGGAUCAGACCUACACCUUCACAGCUCUGAAUCCUGUUAGCAGUGUCAACGCCACUCUCAUCCUUGCUGCGCAGCUUUGUGCUGGUUCCAAGGAAGCUGAAAGCACCUAUUGCCCAGUGAAAUGGAUUUUCCUGGGGAAGGGGAUUUUUCUCCUUGUGCUUCUGGGAAUUCUAGGAACUUGGCACAUCCAGACCCAGGUGCUUAGCAACUCCUUAGGUCUAACUCAAGGUUAUAAGAGGCCACCAGUGCCCCAGAAGAGUCAGGCUAUGACCAGAAAUUCAUCACCUGCUACACAAGGGUAUCUGGUGGCUAGAAAGGGAAGAAUUCUCAACAGGGUGUUUGAGCUGAAGGGUGAACUGCAAGCCCUCUUUCAAGAAAAUAAGAGGCUGGAUUUUGCUGAGUGCUUUGGAGAUGUGGAAUGGCUGCAGACACUAGCCUCUUUAGCACAUACUUUUGAUCCCACAAGCCAGUUGGACAAGUCUUUCUGUAAGGCCCUGAAGAAAAUGUAUGAACUGAAGUGA